GCUUUACAUUCUUCUAAAUCGCACAAUUAUCCAUUCAAAGCGCACUUGAAUAUAUGCCAAAAAAAAUUUGAAUCACUUGUUGAUUGAAAGCCCUUGAAUCUUUUUCGCAUACAAUUCAUAAUUAUCAUGCAAAAUUCUGACUCAAACAAUCCGGCAAAAACUACCGGACCACAGCAACCAACUUAUCCACAAUCACAACCUUAUCCGGGUGUGGCACCACCACUUUUUAACAUGGAACCUCCACCACCUUACUCGAUGCAACCUCCACCAGGACCAGGAUUUAUUCAUGUCCAGCAACCAGGUAAUCAAACAUUUGGCACAAACCCUACACCCACUACAACCCAUGUAAUAACUGUUCAGCCAAUUUCACUUGGAUUAUCACCUAAUCCGGUUCAAAUGACUUGUCCUAAUUGUAAUGCAACUACAUUAACCGAAAUAAGUGCCGUGCCCGGUUUGCUUACAUAUCUUGCUGCUGGAACAUUAUUUCUAUGUGGAUGCUGGGCUGGUUGCUGUUUGAUUCCUUGUUGUAUACCCGAUUGUUUGGACAUUGAUCAUCGAUGUUCAAACUGUAAGACCAAUGUUGGCCGAUAUCGUCGAAUCUAAA